AUCUUGGUGUAAGAUACUUAAUAUUAACGGCGCCUGUAUUUAGUGGUGAAAUACAAAUCCUACGUUGGCUCAAAACUGUUUUGUUUGAUUGCUUUGGGUCAGGGUGUUGUUGACGACAGCGCUGCUUUUAAAGCAUUCCCCGGGAAACCGAUUUGAACGUUUGUUAUUGGCUAGCUGGGUUUUAGCGCGUUUGCAACAAUGGCGAAGGUACAAGUGUUGAAUGUGGCUGUUCUAGAUAACCCGAGUCCUUUUGGAAACCCUUUUCAGUUUGAAAUAACGUUUGAAUGUAUGGAAGACCUCCCUGAAGAUCUGGAAUGGAAGAUCAUCUAUGUAGGCUCAGCUGAGAGUGAAGAGUAUGACCAAAUCCUCGACUCCGUCCUUGUUGGCCCUGUACCAGCUGGGAGACACAUGUUUGUGUUUCAGGCUGAUGCACCGAACACUGGAUUAAUUCCUGAAAGUGAUGCAGUUGGUGUAACUGUGGUUCUCAUUACCUGUACAUACCGGAGCCAGGAGUUCAUUCGGAUUGGUUACUAUGUGAACAAUGAAUACACAGACCCUGAGCUACGUGAAAAUCCACCCAUCAAACCAGACUACACACAGCUUCAGAGAAAUAUCCUGGCAUCAAAUCCACGUGUUACCAGAUUCCAUAUAAAUUGGGAAGGCUGUGCAGAGCGAAUGGAAGAUGCGGAAAAUGUGGAUCCCACCCCAAAUUCUAUGCUCCCUCCAUUGUCUCUUCCGUGCAAGGCUCCACUUCUGGGCCUGGUACGAGAAAACUCUAUGGACUGCUUAUAGAGCUGUUUCCUGCCUGAAUGGUGAUAACUCAUUACAAAAGACCUAAUUUUUGAAGAUGGCCUGCGAACAUUCUGAUAUGGACAUACAGAAAUAUUUGCCUUACAGCUGCCUUUGUUUGUCUUCACAAACAUUCACCCUUGGUUGCAGAAGAGUUUUUUUUUUUUUCUCCCUCUCUUUCUUCAGAGGAAUUAUCUCAACACUAGGGUAAUCCUCAUAGAUUGGAAGUUCUUGCCAUGAACAUGAAAGCAAUAUUCCAGUAGUUUUAGGCUAUGAUAAAGAAUUGUGGCGGAAUAGAUUAAUUAAAUGGGAAAAACUGAUUUGUGAAACUCCUUUCAUUUUAUUAGUGCACAAAAGAUCUACUCCUUAGAAGAUGUCAACACUGAGCAAUAGACAGACUGCAAUAUUUUGCUGU